AUGCAGAAGAGCAAAAACAGUUGUAGAAAAGUUAUUAUAGAAGAUGCUAAUAUACCAUACAAUUUUUCAAUUGAUAGAAAUAAAAAUAAGCUUUUCUUUUGCAUAAACGCUGAUGAACUUUGUGAUCAAAGCUUUCAGUCGGCAGUUGUAGAUUUAGAUACUGCUUCUCCAUGGAUUAUACCAAGCAUUCGGAACGGGUUUGCAAGUGCAGUAGAUAACAAUACAAGUACAGUUUAUUUGGCUGGUAGUGAUGGAAUUUAUAGGUACAACGAUCACGUUAAGGACAUAGAAAAACCAGCUAUCAUUGAGAAUAUAGAUAUAUUUGAUAUGAAAUUUAAUGAACUGUUGUAUUUUAUCGAUACGGCAAAUCUAAAUUUGUAUGUUUUGAAAAACGGUAAAAAAGUUUGCAUUACAGUCAUAGAAGAGUAUGGCAUACAACACUUUACCUUUGCUGGGCAUCUUGUUAUAUUUUCAAAUUCAAAUGGAUUGUAUUAUUUGGAUAAAAAUAAUAAUAAAAACAGUCCCGUUUGGUUUACAAACAAUGUUAAUAAUAUCCGAGGACUGGUUACUGAUGUGGAGGGAGUGCCACACAUUGUAGCUCAGGAUGGAAUUUAUUCUAUUGACCUUAAAACUAUGAACGUGAACAAAUUGAUGACGUUACAAGACGGCUUUGCGUUGGAUUUUGAUAGGUUCAACAAUAUGGUCUAUAGUGAUGGACGAUCUAGUCAUUUAAGGAACGACUUAGAAAUGCUGUUGAUAGUGGCCACGUUUUGUGUAUUACUGGCAACAGUUGGUGGGUCACCAAAUGCUAAAUUUGUUGAAGAAUUAGUUAAAAACAAUGUUUUUGGAAGCGUAUCAAGCAGAGUUCUUGAAGAUGCCAGAUUAGAUGUGCCCCAAUUAGUUAGAAAGUAUAAGUACCCCUUAGAAGAACACCAUGUGAUAACUCCAGAUGGAUACAUAUUAACCCUACAUCGUAUCCCUCAUGGACGCGACAGAAACACACAAUCUGGUAACAAACCAGCAGUGUUAGUUAUGCAUGGAUUACUAUGCUCCUCAGCUGACUGGGUACUCACUGGACCUGGCGUUGGACUGGGGUAUAUUCUCGCAGAGGAAGGUUUUGAUGUAUGGCUAGGCAAUAACCGAGGAAAUUACUAUUCAAGGAGGCACUUGCUCCUAGAUCCUAAUGACACUAACAGUACCGCUUUUUGGAAGUUUUCUCUUGACGAAAUGGGAAACGUGGACUUAAGUUCCUCAAUUGAUUAUAUUCUACGAAGAACAAGUAGGCCCAACCUUCACUACAUUGGAAUGUCACAAGGCACUACCAUUUACUUUGUAUUAGGAUCACUUCGACCAGAUUUCAGUGAAAAGAUUGCGUCAGCCCACAUGUUAGCUCCUGUUGUAUUUAACACUGGAAACGGUAGCCCUCUUAUGGAUACUGUAGCACCCAUUGUUGCAGCCGUUAUGUCAUGGGCAACCGAUAAUGGUUUUGGUGAAUUAUUGCCAAAGAGUGAUUUGAUGGCAGACAUUGCUCGUAGAUAUUGUAGGGACGGAGUUGCAACUCAAAGUCUUUGCAGUACUAUACUCUUUAUGCUCGGUGGUUGGAGCGAAAGUCAACACAAUGCGACCCUUUUGCCUGUUAAACUAGCCCACACACCAGCCGGCGCCAGCUUGAGGCAAUUCGCACACUUGACUCAGAAUAUGGCGUCAAAGAAAUUCAGAAGAUACGAUUAUGGCCCAAUUCAGAAUAUGCUGCGCUACGGCAAAACUCAACCGCCAGAAUACAAUUUGCUUAACAUAAAAAACCCAGUCUUUCUACAUUAUUCUGAUGGUGAUUCUAGAACAAAUGACAUUGAUAUUAAUCUGUUAUACGACUUGCUUGAUACGACCAAAGAAUUAAUCCGUGUGCCAGACGAUAACUUCAGUCACGUUGAUUUCAUGUGGGGCAAAAAUGCUAAAACUGUUCUAUAUGAUAGAGUAAUAAGUGAAAUAAGGAAGAUUGAAAGUUCUCAAAAAUAA